GUGCGGGGGCCGCGGGUUCGAGGCCGCGCUCGGCGCCUUUGGCUCCGCCGGGCUCGGCUCCUGCGGCUCCGCCGGGCUCGGUGCUCCGCUGCCCGCCCGCCAUGGCCCGGCGCAGCGCCCUCUCCAUCCGCAUCGUGGAGGGCAGGAACCUGCCCGCCAAGGACAUCACGGGGAGCAGUGACCCGUACUGCAUCGUGAAGAUCGAUGAUGAAGCCAUCAUCAGGACUGCCACGGUGUGGAAGACGCUGUCCCCGUUCUGGGGGGAGGAAUACGAGGUGCAGCUCCAGCCUGGUUUCCACAGCAUCUCCAUCUACGUCAUGGACGAGGAUGCCCUCAGCCGUGACGACAUCAUUGGGAAGGUCUGCAUCACCCGGGACAUGCUGGCAGAGCACCCCAAGGGAUACAGCGGCUGGAUGAGCCUCAGCGAGGUGGAUCCUGAUGAGGAGGUGCAGGGGGAGAUCCACCUGCGGGUGGAGGUCCUGGGCAGCCAGGGCAGCCGGCGGCUGCGCUGCUCCGUGCUGGAGGCCAGGGAUUUGGCCAGGAAGGACCGGAAUGGUGCCUCCGACCCCUUUGUCCGCCUGCGCUACAACGGGAAGACGCAGGAGAGCACCGUGGUCAAGAAAUCCUGUUACCCUCGCUGGAACGAGACCUUUGAGUUUGAGCUGGCCGAGCCCGCUGAGGAGAAGCUCUGCGUGGAGGUGUGGGACUGGGACCUUGUGGGCAGGAACGACUUCCUGGGCAAGGUGAGUCCCAAACCCUUUCAGUGCUGCCAGGGUCCAGCCUGGCUGCACUCCCAGGCCUCUCCUGCCUUCCCCUCCCAGGUGGUGUUCAGUGUCCAGGGGCUGGAAGCAGCUGGGCAGGAGGAGGGGUGGUUCAGGCUGUGCCCAGACAAGUCUAAGCCGACAGAGGACGAGCGCCGGGGCAGUCUGGGCUCGCUGCAGCUGCAGGUGAAGCUCCGGGACGAGACGGUGCUUCCCUCCCACUGCUACCAGCCCCUGGUGCAGCUCCUGUGCCAGGAGGUGAAGUUGGGGCGCCAGGAUGGCCAAGUGCACCUGGUCACCCUCCUGGACGAAACCACCACGGCCGAGUGCCGGCAGGAGGUCGCCAUCAACUUGGUCAAACUCUUCUUGGGCCAGGGGCUGGUCAAGGAGUUCCUGGACCUGCUCUUUGAGCUGGAGCUGGCCAAGCCCUGUGAGCCCAACACUCUGUUCCGGAGCAACUCUCUGGCCUCAAAGUCGAUGGAGUCCUUCCUCAAGGUGACAGGGAUGCCAUACCUGCACUUUGUCCUGGGUCCCACCAUCACCCGUGUGUUUGAGGAGAAGAAAUACGUGGAGCUGGAUCCCGGAAAGGUGGAGAUCAAAGACGUCGGGUGCUCGGGGCUGCACCGGGUGCAGACGGAGGGCGAGGUGAUCGAGCAGGGCCGGCAGCACCUCCAGUCCUACCUGGGCGAGCUCCUGGAUGCCAUCGUCAGGUCGGCCCCGGCGUGUCCGCCCCUGAUCCGCGCCGCGUUCCGCCAGCUCUUCCAGCGCGUCGGGGAGCGCUUCCCGCAGCACCAGCACGCCAAAUUUGUGGCUGUCACCAGCUUCCUGUGCCUGCGCUUCUUCUCGCCGGCCGUGAUGACCCCCAAGCUGUUCCAGCUGCGGGCCGCACACGCGGACGCGCGGACCGGCCGCACGCUGCUGCUGCUGGCCAAGGCCAUCCAGCUGGUCGGGAACAUGGAGCCGGCGGCCGGGCGCGCCAAGGAGACGUGGCUGUCGCCGCUGCUGCCCGCCCUGCAGGAGGGCACAGCCCGCAUGAGGGACUUCAUCACCCGCCUGGUGGGCACGGAGGAGGAGAAGGGUGAGGAGGAGGGUGAGGGGCGGCCGCUGGGGCCCCCGCCGGCCGUGGUGAAGGAGGGGAUGCUCCUUGUGCACAAGACACGGGGCAAGGGCCCGCUGCUCGCCGCUGCCGCCGGCAAAAAACUCAAUUUCUGCCUCACCGGGGAGUCCCUGAGCUUCGGCAAGAGCCCCGGUGCGGAGCGUAUCGGUGCCAUCGCCCUGGGCGACAUCCUGGCGGCCGAGAAGGUGGAGGAGAAGAGCUUCGGCAGCUCCCACGUCAUGCAGGUGGUCUACAUGGGCACGGGCGGGCAGCAGGAGACGGCUUACCUGCAGUGCAAGUGUGUCAACGAGCUGAACCAGUGGCUGUCAGCCCUGCGCAAAGUGUGCGGCAACAACCCCCGCGUGCUCCGCUCCUACCACCCCGGCGUCUUCCGCGGCGACAAGUGGAGCUGCUGCCACCAGCGCGACAGGACAGGGUUGGGAUGCGACCGGACCCGGCACGGCGUCACCCUGCAGGACUGGAGUGACCCGCUGGACCCCUCGGUGGAGGCUCAGCGGCUCUUCCAGCACCUGCAGGGCCUGCGGGGGACGCUCAGGGACAAGUACUGGGAGCUGCUGGAGCUGCUGGAGCCGGGGGCGGCCCGGAACGGUGAAGACGCUGCCCUGCCCGAGGGGCUGAGCCGGCUGCUGGCGGUGCUGGGGGAGCUGGAGCGCUGCCACCGCCGGGAGCGGCCCCCGCCGCCGGCCCCGGCCCUGCUGCGGCUGCAGACGUGAGGGAGAAAUAAAGGCACUUGUACCCUG